AUGACGCGCGCGGCGGCGGCGGUGGCGCCGUUUGAGUUUCAGACGGCGACGAGGAUGGUUUUCGGGAGGGACGCGCUCGAGCGCGUCCCGGCGCUCGUGCGCGAGCUCGCGACGUUAGAGGGCGUGGACGUGGAAAAGAAUCCGGUGUUCAUCGUCGCCGGGGAGUCGACGCGGUUUUCAGAGCGACUGGAGCGAUUGUUGAGGGAGGGCGGCGUCGGCGGGACGACGCGGACGUUUCACUGCCCUCGCGGCGAACCGACGGUGGCGAGCGCGCUCAGCGCGACGGAAGCGGCGGUGGAAAGCGAUUGUGGAAUCGUCAUCGCGAUCGGUGGUGGGACUCCGGUGGACACGGCGAAGUGCGUGGCGGCGAUGAUUACGAACCGGCGACCCGGCGAAAAUCCGGAUUUGUACGAGUAUCUCGAAGUCGUCGGACGCGCGCAGCCGCUGACGAAGCGCACGGCACCGUUCAUCGCGAUUCCCACCACAGCUGGACCGGGGGCAGAGGUGGCGAAAAACUCCGUUCUCGAGGCGGGUGAUCGUAAGGUGUCGAUGCGGCAUCCAUUCAUGCUGCCGUCGGUGGCGGUGAUAGAUCCGAUGUUGACGCUGAGUCUGCCGCGCGCGGUGACGGUGGACACUGGACUGGACGCGCUCACGCAGUGCAUCGAGCCGUACGUGUGUUGCGUGCCGAAUCCGAUGAUUGAUGCGAUUUCCAUGGCUGGCAUCGUCGCCGGCGCUGGCGCGCUUCGCCGCGUCGUGGACGACGGCUCAGACAUCGACGCGCGCGAGCAAAUGUGCCUGUGCUCGUACUACGGCGGCUUGUCCUUGGCGAACGCCAAGCUCGGCGCCGUACACGGGUUCAGCGGAACGCUAGGUGGUUUACUACACGCGCCGCACGGCGCGAUCUGCGCAUCGCUGCUGCCGCACUCGUGGACGAUUAACAUCGCCGCGUUGGAGGGGCGCGUCGCCGCCGAAGAUCCGGCGCUCGCCGCGCGCGCGCUCGAGCGAUACGCGCAAGUCGCGCGCGCGAUCACGGGGAACGCAGACGCCACGGUGCAAGACGGUAUCGCGUGGAUCGUCGAUCUGUGCGAAUACUGCGGCGUACCGGGAUUGGGAAGCCUCGGAUUGAAGGAAUCCGAUUUCGCCUCCGUCGUGGAGAAGUCAAAACAGAGUUCGUCCAUGAAGGGCAACUGCGUGGCGCUGAACGACGCCGAGCUCACGGCGAUGCUCAAACUCGCGAUGUGAUCUCGACGCGCGA